UAAAACAUGGCCGCCGAGCGGAUUUAUAUGAUAAUGAUUGUGAUGGUGAAGUCGAUGAGGAAUUGUUAGAUUCAAUAGAUAAUGAUGGCGAUGGACUCGUUGACGAGGAUGUAAGGGCAUUUUUAGUAGAAUACUCUGGUGCUGUUGCUAUUUCUCCUAAAAAUUGUUUUGUGUCACCGGAGUCUGGUUUUCCUGACAACAACAGAGUCCAAAUAACGGGAGUCGACGGAUGCGCUGUAUCGGGGAGUAUAUUUGCUAUGGCUGGAGAGUUUACGCCCUUUGAUUCGGAUAAAACAGGCUCGGAUAUCCAGCCUAAAAUACUUCGCAGUGGACUAUUCAGUGUUGCUCAGUAUGUGGACCACCCUAUGCUCUUUUUCAAGUGUGAUAUUGCAAAAUACUGUAUCUCAGCGUCCGAUACAGACUGCACCACGGCCAUUUGUGACGGUGGCCGGAAGCGAAGACAAGUAAAUUCGGAGAAUUCCGUUGACAAUAUAACAACUUCUACUUGGGUGUUCCCCUAUGACAUAUCACCAAGUAAACCAACGAUUACAGAAACCGUGCAGGAUCCCUCGAGCUUCAAGACUUGUUUGGACAACACGUACGUGCAGAUAUCUUACAUACUUCUGCUUAUUCUAAUGUUAAUCUCGUUCUUCACGGCGCUGUGUUUCUGCUGCCUCUUCAAACGUAACAGCAGGCGAGAAAAAGAAAUCGACAAAAACUUUUACAAGCAGAGAACAAGACCAACGUUUUAAUGAGUCUAUUGAGGUAUAUUGCCAACAACAACAACGAAAACAACAACAAUCACAGAAAAUUUCUUAGAAACAGAGAGAUUUUGUUCAUUAAUGUUCAAAACAAAUAUAUUUAUUAUAGUAAGUUCGUUGUGAAUAAUUAAAAUAUGGUUAUGUCGAAGAUUCACAUGUGAUGAUGAUAAUUUCUAUAUAAACUCAAUGGCUACAACAAUGGAUUUUGACAUACAUUGACAUACUAUGUAUAGUAUGUCUGCGACUUAGAAGGUGCCAAAUGUCAAUAUUCGACAACAUUCGUGUGUUGUUUUAGUGCUGUAUUUAGUAGUCAAUAUACAGUUUAUUGUUGAAAGCUCAAGUUAAAUGUUAACAAGUUAAAGAUAUGAAUUUUGUAUUUAUUUUAUACAUAUGGUUGAAUUCAUGGGAUUAUAAUCUGUAUCACUCAGUGUAUACGUCUUUCACUUUAUUAUAAUGACUACAUGUGAGCCGCGUCACGACAAAACCAACAUAAUGCGUUUGCGACCAGCAUGGAUCCAGACCAGCCUGCGCAUCCGCGCAGUCUGAUCAGGAUCCAUUCUGUUCGCUAUCAGUUGCUCUACUUGUAAUAGGGUUUGUAAGCGAACUGCAUGGAUCCUGAUCAGACUGCGCGGAUGCACAGGCUGGUCUGGAUCCAUGCUGGUCGCAAACCCAUCAUGUUGGUUUUGUCGUGACGCGUCUCAUAUGUUUUUUGAUGACCAUAACUUAAUUUUGUUGUUAAAAACCCAUAGAAUAACUCAUCUUGCUUCAUAUUUAAUCUAUUGUUCCCCUCUAAAUGAGCAGAAAAAAAUGUUACUUUUUUGUUGUUUUUUUAAACAUUAAAAUCAGUGAAUUUGUUUCCAUAAAAAAAUACCAUAAAAUAUCUAAAUUAAAAAAGCAUAAAAUUAUUGUUAAACUGUAAAAAAAAAACUCAUAGAAUUCUUGUUAAACUUAAAAAAAAUCUUUAAAUUAUUGUUUAAGUUUAACAAAAAAAAACACAAGAAAUAACGUUUUGUUUAUCUUCAAUAAGCAUGAAAUAACCUCUUUUAUUAUAUAAAUGAAAUAUUGAUGAAAUAAAAUGCGUUUUUUCAUUUUUCGUAUUUUCACUGUAGAAAUUUAUUUUUCACUGCAGUCAAACAUAUUUUUCUUAUUUUCACUGAUGUCUUGCCGAACUACUUUCUUCUAAAUUCAGCCAAAACAUAAAAUUUAAGGGGGAAAAAAGAAGACAAAAAUGUACAUACAUGUACUAAACAGAAAAUUCAAGUUUUUUCCAUUAAUCUCAUGGCUACCGCCGCUCAUAAAUAAUAAUAAUUGUAAUAAUAAUUAUAAUGAAAAUAAUAAUAAUAGAUAAAGUUGUAAUGAUAAUAAAAAUAAUAAUGAUAAUAAAAACAAAAUCUUUAUUAAGAGAAGGUAAUUAACUUCAGUUGACACAAAAAAGAGAGAACAUGUAUGCUUAUUUCCAGUACGGCCUUUUGAUUUAACAAUAAAAAGUAAAAGGAAGACUUAGAUAAUCAAAUAUACAUUUGCAUGUUUAUUUUAUUAUUAGUUAGUUUUGUACAAAGUUGGGAACACGCUUUUUUAGUAAUAAUCUGUUAAGGACAUACCGUAAUGGAGUAAUGGAAUUUUACAAAGAUUGCCACUUUUUUUCUUUGUCCAUUUUAAAUUAUUUCGUAUGUUUAAUCUAAUUAUGAUAAGGCCUAAAAUAAAAUGUUGUUUCCCUCCUGCUACCAACCAACAAAAACCACUGCUUUCCGAAAUAUUGUAUAGACCUUUUUACAACGCGGCCCGCUACUAUGAAAAAUUCACCGGAACUAGUAUUUUCUCGCGCAAAUGUUUUGCAAAAGACCUUUUUCCAUAGUUACGGAUGCGCAUUAUGCAAAGGGCAAAAAACGCAAUAACGAGAUUACAUUUAAUCAUACUUAAAGACUUAAAUCGACGUGACUUAAAGUUGUGUCACCCAUAAAACAGUAAUUUUGGGGUGACUUAAAGCGAAUUUGUUCACUAAACAUAAUGGAAAUAGCGUUUGUCAAUAAGAAUCACAUUUAUAAAUCUGUCUCAUGUUUUUUGUAAUGUUAAUAUACAAACAGGGAUAAAUGUUGUAUAAAAUUUUGAAACUUAGGUUAAGCAGAUGCUAAGCAUUCACAUUUUUUUUGAAAUCCAUAUAACUCAGAUAUAAGUAAAAUUAAUGUUCAACAAAAAAUAUUUUGGACAAAAAACUAGUUCACCUAAUUCAAAGACACCUGCAAUGCGAAUGCAUUUUGUUUCGAUGUAUCUGGAAGAUUUUACCUUUAACUUCAAUUCAAAUUCUGUGAUUUUCAGCUAUAAUUAAAUAUACCUUUUAUUUGUACAGUAGUUUAUUAUUGGUUGGAUAUAUUAUAUUUGUUGAUAACUGUACUGUUACAUGUAGUAGGUUGUUUUAGUUUGUUGAUAUCUGCUGUUUAUAAAAUAUAUUUUAAACGAAA